AAGUUGCUAUAUUAAUAAGCCUUCACUCUGAAAUUGUCCCUCACUUCCUCCACCAUGACACCCUCUCAACCUUCCCAAGCAAAGUACUUGCGAGAAGAUGACAUCUCCCAAAAAUGCCGAGACCUCCUUCCCUCGCUCCCUCACGAAAAAGGCUGGAUCACCCCCUCUCUCUACCAAUACCAAGACUUCUGGGUUGCCCCGAAGCUCCUGAACAGCGUCCUCGCUUGCCAAGACAACUUCCGAGCCCAAGAAACCGAUAUCUUCCUCAUCACUGCCCCCAAGUCCGGCACCACCUGGUUGAAGGCCAUCCUCUUCUGUCUCUUGAACCGGGCCAAGUACUCGGGUUCAAUGCAACAACACCCUCUCCUCACCCAAAGCCCCCACGACCUCGUGCCGUUCUUGGAGCUCAAGCUCUACUUCGGGCAAGAGAUCCCCAACCUCACCUCACUACCACCCCCGAGGCUCUUCGCUACCCACUUGCCUUAUCAAUCACUUCCACAGUCGGUCAAGGACUCUGGGUGCAAGCUGGUGUACCUGUGCAGGAACCCUAAGGACACCUUCGUCUCGCUCUGGCACUUUGCCAACAAGCUGAGGUCCAAAGAGACGGGCGGGAUGCCUCUUGGAGAGUGCCUCGACGCUUUCUGCCAGGGCGUAAGCCCGUUUGGACCCUACUGGGACCACGUGCAGGGAUACUACAAGGUGAGCUUGGAGAUGCCUGACCGGGUGUUGUUCUUGAGGUACGAGGACAUGAAAGAGGAUCCGCAUGUUCAUGUCAAGAGACUCGCCGACUUCUUGGGGUGUCCGUUCAGCGAACAAGAGCUGAGAGAUGGGACCGUGGACGGCAUAGUGAGGAUGUGUAGCUUCGACAGUUUGAGCAUGUUGGAGGUGAACAAGAGCGGGCAGUUAUCGACUGGACAAGAGACCAAGUCGUUCUUCAGGAAAGGCGAUGUCGGAGAUUGGGUGAAUUACAUGAGUGUCGAGAUGGGAGGGAAAAUUGACCGUGUCAUGCAAGAGAAGAUGCACGGUUCAGGGUUGAAGCUUUGAUCUUGAUUUGGGUUUAUGAUGAUGGCAAUAAUAAGCACUAUGGCCAAUGUACAGUUGGCCAAUGAGGUUCAGGGUUGAAGCUUUGAUCUUGAUUUGGGUUUAUGAUGAUGGCAAUAGUAACCACUAUGGCCAAUGUACAGUUGGCCAAUGAGGUUCAGACUUGUGCGAAUAAAAUAGUGUCAUGAUGUGGUGGAUAAUUAAUCCCAGUGUUAAAACUAUAAGAAUGUACUUGUGCUUCUAUAAAUGCAUCGUCCUUCCUUUUUCUAGUGAGAAGAUUAUGUUUUUAA